UGUGUGGCUCCGCAGCAGCCGCCAUGAGCCAAACCGAGCGCAAGCCGUGGAACAAAGGACAGCCCCCCAGCUCCGACAGAAAAGAAGCUGCGACGGCCACUCGAGGCAAAAAGAGAGUCAAAGAGUACCGAAAAAUAGAAUGCCGGCCCAGAAACCGCUAAGAAAUCCACCUGGGCGCCUUUCGUGGCCCUUUUUCUGGUGCAAGCAAAACGACUGGCCGUCAGCAGCCGCGUUCCACCAGGCGGGCGCCUACUUGGGCCUGCUCGUCCUACUCCCCUCGCCUAUCCCCAGCAUAGAGCCUCAUCUGCUGACACGCCCCCGUCGAGAGCCUCAAUGUUUGGCAUCCAAUCGGUACCUUGCAUGCGGCCUGAAGAUGGGUCCCCAGAUUCCUUGCGGUCAAGUGACCCCCAAGUCUAUUCACCUCCACCUUCACCGCUCCAAGAUUUUCUCCUUAAGAUUCAUUGUUGCAUUGUUCGCGCGUUGGCGGGGGGUUUCCUAUUGUUGUCCUAUUGUCGGUGCAUGGCCACCUUCUUUCUAAUCGCUUAAUCUUUCGCCCUCUCCCUCUUUCUCUCUCUUUCUCCAUAACCGCAAACUUCUCUUGCUAUAUCUCUGGCAGAUAUUCUUGUCCAUAUUACUACGCCCUUUCAUU